AUGAAUGUGGAGGAGAUGAAGUGUCGUCGCACGGAUCUGAAGCGACAGCUUCGUGAGCAGUCCAAGUUGCUGAAGUUGGAAAUGCGGAAGAGACGUCGUCUCAUCAGGGCUGCGGGGCGCUUGAGUGCCGCCGAUCUCGAGUGGCUGAUGAAGCAGCAGCAGCCAUCCACGGCCGCGGCGGGGCAAGACGAGGCUCCGGUGGAUGCGCAGCCAGCUGCUGAGCCAGGCGGCAGGGCGAAGCCCAGCUGCAGGAGGGCAACAUUCCACUGCGGACGGGAGCAGCCAGCCGCCGAAGAAGCUCAAGUUGCCUCUGAUGUCGAAGACUAUCAGAACGCAGCCGAAGAAGUGGACGACACCACGAACAAAUGA